UUUGAUUUGACAAAUGACAUUUGUAACUUGACAGCUUCAUUGAAUGUUGUCCUCGCCAGUUGCCUGUGCUGUGUAUGUUUUUGUCUCGAAAGUGGUGUAAAUACGAUGUAACGAAACGAAAUUUAAGUAACAAUUAGUCAAUAAAAUAUUUCGAACGAAAUAAUACGAACAACUAUUUCCCAAGGCUCUACGGUAUCAUAAUUUUGCCGCUACAAUGGUGACCACAACACUUACUAUUCAAGAUCUGAUACCUGGGUCAAACAGAAGUGGCAAGAAAGUGGACGUGGAUGCUAUUUUGCCGUAUUUAAUUUUACCAGGAUUAUUGCUAAUAGCUACCAUAUCGCGUCCAGUGACUAUCAUAGUAAUGGUAGUUAUUGGCAUGGGCGCUUUAUACGUACAUUCCAGACCGCGACAGAAAAACAGGUCCUCAUUUUUCUUUUCAUGGACAAUGUCAUCGGGGAUAUGUAUGUUCCUGGUAUUUGAAAGCGGUGUGCUGGGUUUCUUUGAAAUAACACAGCUGGAAAACUUUGUGUUCCUGCUGUUACUGUGCUGCACAUGCUAUUUCUUUUACAAAAUGAAGGCUGUUGCUGACUUUGAACUUGCUACUGGAACAUCUAAAGGAAAAGAAUACAGCCCCGUUUUGACUGCAGAUUCACAUUAUUGUCAAAUAUGUCAAAUUGAAGUUAAUGAAAGAUUUUUCCAUUCAAUAUGGUGGGACUGUUGUGUGCUGAGGCCUAACUAUAUGUACUUCCUUGCUGGGCAAAUAUUUGCAUUUGCCACACUUUUAUUUGGAACGAACUUGGGACUGACAACAGUUUGUCAACCAUAUAUAUUCUUUGGCGUCAUACUGAUGCCUCAGGAUUGUGACGAUAUGUAUUACGAUUUCAAUUCAACAAUAUGCUUUGUUACAUGUGUCUAUGCGUUGGGAUAUUUACUCGUUAUUACACUAGUUUUGAUUCGACAACUUCUAGUCUACAUACCAAAAUACAGUGAACCACAAUGGAAAAAGCUUGUCAAUGUGCUGAAUGUAUGAAGGAAAACAUGGAAGCUUGGUACUAUGAUUUAAACUAGCUGGAACACUUCAAUUCAAUUGCAUUCUUAAUUCAUUAUAAAUGAAUGUCUAAAUAAGAAUGUAAAGUGUUAAUUAGAAAGGGCCUUAGUAAGUACAUACCAUCAAAGACAUGUAAUCUAACAUCAAUAUGGAUUAUCAUGAUAUUGUUAAAACACUUUCAAAACUUUGCUGUAUGAUAUUUAUUAAUUUAUAUCUGACAUUAAUUUACUGAGGCUUAUAGAUAAUUGCUUAUGACAAGUAGAUAUGAAUAUAAAAUAUUUAUUUAAAAAUCAUGGAAAUCAUGAAAAACUGAGAUUUACACUAGUUUUAGGUAUUAUAAUGUAAGGGACAUUUUGUUAAAAAUAAUUCUAGCAUGCAAUAUUCUUUAAAGGGUCUUGGACCUAGGCCCUUUCAAGUAAGAGUUUCAAGUCUGCGGUUAAUGUAUACAAAAAAUUUUUUGGCUAGCAUCGCUUGCUUUGGUCCCUUACGUUAUUGAAAAAUUCAAAUUGUACAUGUAACAAACAUAUAUUAUGUAAGAAAUAUUUUACUUAAGAAGAUCACAAGAAUGUUAGGAUUUUAUGAUCCUCUUUUUACUUAAACUACCUAAGUACAUCAA